GGAAGAGCAGUAGGCUGGUUUAUCCAAGAGAUCGAGCAUGCCAUGGAGCUUGGCCCAAGCAAGCAGUGCCCGCUCCGUGAGUUCCUCACCAUGUACAUCAAGAACAUCUUCCUCAACCAGGUCCUUGCUGAGAUCAACAAAGAGAUAGAAGGAGUCACGAAGGCAUCUGAUCCACUGAAAAUACUGGCUAACGCCGACACCAUGAAGGUCCUAGGUGUGCAGCGGCCCCUUCUGCAGAGCACAGUAAUUGUGGAGAAGACUGUUCAAGACCUUAUGAACCUCAUGCACGACUUGAGUGCCUACUCAGAUCAGUUCCUCAACAUGGUGUGCGUGAAGCUCCAAGAGUACAAGGACACCUGCACUCUCGCCUACAGGAGCAUCGUGCAGUCAGACGAGAAGCUGGUCAUCAGCGCCUCCUGGGCUAAGGAUGACGAUAUCAGCAGACUCCUCAAGUCCCUGCCCAACUGGAGCAACAUGGCUCAGCCCAAGCAGUUGAGACCCAAGAGGGAGGAAGAAGAAGACUUUAUAAGGGCUGCUUUCGGCAAAGAGUCGGAGGUUCUUAUUGGAAACCUGGGGGAUAAAUUGAUCCCUCAGCAGGAGAUCCUGCGCGACGUCAGCGACCUCAAGGCCUUGGCCAACAUGCACGAGAGCCUGGAGUGGUUGGCUGGACGCACAAAGGCGGCCUUCUCCAGCCUCUCAGCCACCCAGGCCCUGUCUCCUGGCCAGGAUGGCCAUGCCAGCAUGGAGCACCUUCCAGCCUACGAGCAGAUCAUGCAAAGCCUUAGUGAGCUGGCCAAGUCUUUCCAAGAGAUGGCCGACCGCUGCCUACUGGUUCUGCAUUUGGAAGUCAGGGUUCAUUGCUUCCACUAUCUCAUCCCGCUGGCCAAGCAAGGGAACUACGCCAUCAUCGCCAACGUGGAGAGCAUGGAUUAUGACCCCCUCGUGGUCCGGCUCAACAAGGACAUCAGCGCUAUCGAGGAGGCCAUGAGCGCCAGCCUCCAGCAACACAAGUUCCAGUACAUCUUUGAAGGCUUGGGCCAUCUUAUUUCCUGCAUCCUUAUCAAUGGUGCCCACUAUUUCAAGCGCAUCAGUGAAUCCGGCAUCAAGAAGAUGUGUAGGAACAUCUUCAUCCUGCAGCAGAACCUGACGAACAUCACCAUGUCCCGUGAAGCCGACCUGGACUUUGCAAGGCAGUAUUACGAGAUGCUCUACAACACCGCAGACGAGCUCCUAAACCUCGUGGUGGAUCAAGGGGUGAAGUACACGGAGCUGGAGUACAUCUAUGCCCUGAACUUACUGCACCGGAGCCAGACGGGUGUCGGAGACCAAACCACGCAGAACAUGAGGCUGCAGCGGCUCAAGGAGAUCAUCUGUGAGCAAGCUGCUAUCAAGCAGGCCACCAAGGACAAGAAAAUCACCACUGUGUAAUCUGCCCUGUCACUUCACAGAGCAGCAGUGGUUGUCGGGUUGCAGGUCCUACGCUCUGCAUUUCUGCUCAAAUUAGUGGCAAAAGCACCUAUCUUCUGGGUGGCGUAUUAGCAAGGAGGGAAAUGCCAUCUGAGGU